GUUUCACAGUCAUGAUUAUGGGCAGGGCUGCUGUAUGACUGCAGGUGACCAACGAUUUCAGUGAAGGUGAAACUAAAUAAAACAGAUGAACUGGAAGCUUCUUCAAACAACAACCUUUUUAUUCAAACACUGCUAUUCACAGCCAUGGCAUCCUCCAGUGGUCCACUAAAUAAGGAACUCCACUGCUCCAUCUGUCUGGAUGUGUUCACUGAUCCAGUCACCACUCCAUGUGGACACAACUUCUGCAGAACCUGCCUGGACAAGUGCUGGACAAACACACAGAUCUACUGCUGUCCAUCCUGUAAAGAAACAUUCAGCAGAAGACCUGAUCUUGAGAUUAAUACAACCAGUGGGGCUAUAACAGGGGGGGAGUUCAGGAUGGCCAUUCAAAGGGCCAUGAUUGGAGAGCGGGGCACCGGAAAGCAACCUCUACUGAGGGGGACAAACCUACACCUGCUUUCACUCCCCCAAAAGCAAAUUCUACACAGGCCCCAAGUCAAUGUGCUACUCAGGGGUCCCAGAAACCAUAGCGACACCUCUGAAUACAAUGCUGAGAGUUUUGCAGAACAGUUUCAGGAGAAGCUCAAUUUAGGAAAAUCUGACGUGUUCUGUGACUUCUGUGUUGAAAGAAAGCAGAAAGCUGUGAAGUCCUGUCUGACGUGUCAAAGCUCUUACUGUGAGACUCACCUGGAGCCUCAUCACAGAGUCCCACGUCUAAAGAAACACAAACUGAUCAACGCUGUGAAAAAUCUGGAUGAUUAUAUAUACCAGAAACAUGAGAAACCUCUGGAAGUGUUCUGCAGAGAUGAUCAGACGUGUGUGUGUCUGUCCUGCACUGAAGGAGGCCACAGGACUCACAACAGUGUUCCUGUAAAGGAGAAGAUUGAACAGAAAAAGGCAUUACCAUCAGAAGUGGAAUCAGCAGCAAGAGCUCUUAUUGAUGUGUUAGCCAGGGGCCUGGAUUCAUCUUCAUCAAACGGCCUUACUCCUUUGCCUACUCUGACAGAACCUGAAAAUAGGCUGAAGCAGGCAUUAAAAAGGCAGUUCCAGAGUAUGUUGGGGACUGAAAAUGACCAGCCUAGGCGCAAAAAACGUUUCUCUGUGGCCAAACCUGGCAAUGUGAAAAAGACAGAUUUUCUCAUUUAUGUGCUCUCCGAACCAACCCUGUCGAGUCCAAAAGAUGAUGAAGACCUAAAACUUCUACAUGCUGGGCUUGGAAAAAAGCUGUUAACUCUUCCAGACAGUUUUAAACACAAUUGCCACUUUGCUUGA